GCUUGAAUUAGCAGGUAUGUAUUAGCACCUCACAUUACUAUGUGUAAUGCGGAGUUGAGAACUCAAACCCAGUCUUGCCAAUAGCCAAUCAAACCAUACCCCCAUUCGAUUGGCUGGCUGUCAAGAGAAAAUACGACAUUAACUUGUUGAAAUCAGUUUAGACUGUGUGUUAUGAACGUUGGCUACCAAACCAAUGCCCAACAAACGUUUAGUUAAAAUGGUGAGCUUGGCGCUCAUUGUCUUAAUUACAUGUACCAACUGCCCUCUCUAACAGGGCUACACUCCCGUUAUGAAAGAGUCCAUGGGCAGUUAACAGUUACCCUUUACCGCUUCUCGAUCUACAGAACAUAGUAUCGUAAUUUUCGCCGCUAACGCCCUAAGCAUGCACAUGUUUAGUAAUGGCACUUUCUUAAUCUGGCCUAGGGCAUCAAGACAUCGCAUCAUGAUAUGCGUAAGCAAGGCCGAGAAUGAGGAUAGCAGCAUUUUGAGCUUCCAUCCCAGCCUCCGGCUCGGGCAUGACAUCCAGCGAUAUUAAGUGAAGCGACCUAGUGUUUUCGGUUCCUAAAGAACCCUUUCUCCAUGGGUGGACGAGAUUCGUUUAUGCCGUCGCCAUGAAGUCUCUUGUUUCUAUCGCGGGCCUUCUCGUCGGGGUGGGCGCAUCAUGCAUCUCGCAGCCAUGGCACAUUUUGAAUGCCACCGUUGAGGGUCGAUUGAGGGCUUCGAAGCCGAUAGCCUUGCCGUGUUUCUCAUCCUACAGUGGCAGAGCGAAUUCAGUCGACGAGCCGAGAUGUAGCAUUGUCAGGGACGAUUGGAAGACAGGGCAGUUGCGAACAAAUUUCCCAGGCGCUUUCAUGAAUUUGCAAAGUGAAACGUGCUUGUCGGACCCCUUGGAUCAAUGCCUCAUCGACAAUACCGUUACUCCAGCCGGCAUCCCCGCGAGCAACGCCACCUGUAAUCAGGGAAGCGUACCAUCAUAUUACAUUGAGAUCACCAACGGCUCGGAUGUCACGGCAGCCCUCAAGUUCGCGCGAGCACACAAUGUAAAGCUUUCCGUCAAGAAUUCUGGCCAUGAUUACAUGACGCGCAACUCAGGAAAGGGCACGCUUAGUCUUUGGACUCAUAACUUGCAAGACAUGGAAUAUCGCGAGUCAUUUGUUCCUCAAGGGUGCAAGGAAGAUGUCGGCAGAGUCAUGAUCGUCGGCGCUGGCGCACCCAGCGGCGAUGCACACGUAUUCGCCGACAUGCACGACAGCGUCAUCUUGGGCCCGUACUCACCGACUGUAGCGGUUUCUGGUGGGUGGUUGGUAGGAGGCGGCCACGGCGUUCUCGGCCCUGUGUAUGGAAUGGGGGCCGAUCGCGUCGUCGAAUUUCAGAUUGUGACGCCUGAUGAGAAAGAGCGCACUGUUAAUGCGUGUCAGAAUCCUGACCUGUUUUUUGCUCUGCGAGGAGGGGGCGGUAGUAGCUUUGGUGUUAUCCUCAGCGCCACCCACAGCGUCAUACCUCGCGAGCCUAUUGCUUUCGCGGACGUGCAUCUACCUUCCAACAUCUCUUCCGAGACUGCGCUGGAAUGGAUUAAGCUUCUGGUCGACGAAUCCCUGGAAUGGGGCCGCCAAGGCUGGGGCGGUCACGUUGCCGGCACAUACGUGACGCACUUCAAUCCCACCUCAGACUACAUCUCGGACAACGGGACUAAGGCCCGGGCGUCGUUCCAACGAGUGACGGGUUUCGCGCUGUCUCACGGAGGCACAAGCAAUGUAGCCGUGUACCCGAACUGGCUGUACAUCUGGAACGCAUUCUUGUUGCCUCUUGAUACGAUGCAGGGUGGGAACAUGGGCAUGGGGUCUAGUCGUUUGCUGCCCGAUAACCUAUUCGCAACGGAGGAAGGUAAAGAGAAGAUAAUGUCUUACUUUCGAUCAAUUGCCGAGAUCGGGUUCAACCCCGUCAACUUCUACACCCCCGUGACGACGCCUUUCACGUACCAGCGGUUACAGGAUCCGGAGAGCUUUGCGACAAGAACUUUUGGUACCUCGCUCACGCCAGCUUGGUACCGCUCGUUGUGGCAUUUGCAGACGAUUGGAUCGAUGGCGUGGAACAGCUCAUAUGAGGAUCGUGUCAACUUUGUCACAAAUCUAACUAACUCUACUGUGCAGCUCGAGGCUCUUGCAGGUCCCGACGCCGGUUCGCACUUCAACGAAGCCAACCCCUUCAUGACGGGCUGGCAGGAGUCGUAUUACGGACGGGAGAAUUACGAAAAACUUGUCAAAAUCAAGGCCAAAUACGACCCCGACAACAUACUGACGUGCUGGAAGUGUAUUGGCUUCCAGGACAAGCGAGACAUCCCCUCAUCACGAUACCGCUGCCAAGGGAAGUUGCAACAGGAUGUAUAUAGUAACUUGGGGCUGACGCCUAGCUCAUAAAAAAAUAAGAUCAAAAAUAAAAUAAUAUAACUAAAAUAAAAAAUAAAAAUAAAAGAGCGGUUGAAAUGAAUGUGGCGCGCAUUGAAGGUAAUCUCAAAUAGCCCGUUUGACCAUUCUUCCGUCGGUGGCCUAUGGCCCCCUCACUUGGGGGGAGUAUCUGCUUCCGUGAUGAUGUUGGCCGACGUUGGAUUCGCGCCGGCCGUCCGGCCCCUGUUUCACGGAAAGCUACGCUGGCUGGGCUGGACAGGUACAUGCAACGAUCGAUUGGCGCAAAGGGCCAGACAUGCUAUGUGCGGAGGCGGAGGCCUGGUUCCGUAGCCGCUCACAGGGUAAGGCGUACCUGGGCGUACAUGGGGAACUUGCUCAUUUGUUUGCUCGCCGGAGCCAAUCGUUCCAACCGUGCCGGUCGAUCGUGGGCUAUCAUGGGCUAUCACUGCUGGAUUGGGGCGUGGUCACGUGCUAUGGAGCCGGUUGAAACAAACAUCCGAACAGCAUGUUUUAUCUUGUCGCCAGCUUGGCCACUUGAUUGGGUCAAGGGGAGUCACGUGAUUUGGAAUCUGUGUAAGGUGGAAGAUCACCCACAACGGCUGUGGACCGCGAUGUGCACCGCAACGUGCAACCAGCGCAGAGG